UUAAGGCAAAAAUGAUAACAUUAUGUUCUCAAACAUUAGCAUCUUCAACAAAACCAAACACACCCAAAUAAAAAGGUACUUUAGACCCAUUACCUUUGAACCAUUACUAUAUAUGCCAAUACAAUAUGCUCUAAGAAUCCACAAUUACCAUGGAACAUAAUCAAGAAAAUAAGCUCCAUUGUAGAGUAGUACUAUUCCCUCAAUCAUAUACAGGCCACUUAAUCCCAAUGCUUAACUUGGGAUAUGCCCUUUAUUCUAAGGGCUUUUCCAUCACUAUAAUUCAUACCCGUUUUAACUCCCCAGAUCCAACAAAAUACCCGAAUUUCAACUUCUACUUCAUUGAAGAUGUUCUGUCAAAAGCUAAAACAUCUUCAACAGGUUCUUUGGAUACUAUAAGAGUACUUAAUGAGACUUGUUUGGAGCCUUUUAAGGAUUGUUUGUCACAUAUUAUGGAGGUUUCUUCGAAGGAUGGUGAGCCGGUUGUGUGCCUUGUGUCGGAUCCUAUGUGGGUGUUUGCUGGGAUUGUUGCUGAUCAACUAAACCUUCCUAGGCUUGUUCUACGAACUGGUGGGUUGUUGGCUUUUGUUCUUUAUGACUCAUUGCCAGUUCUAAAGGAUAAAGGCUAUUUCCCCAUACAAGAGACUCAAAAAGAAGAACCACUGUUGAAGGUCCCACAUCUUAAAGUAAAAGACCUUCCUGCAGAAGAACAUCAUAAUGUACUACUUAACAUGGUUAAAGAAACCAAAAACAACUGUCAAGGAAUGAUCUGCAACACAUUCAAAGAACUUGAAGGCUCAAUUCUAGACACACUCCAAGCAAAAAUGCUAGCUACUCCUAUUUUCUUAAUAGGUCCUCUACACAAAUACUCGUCCACUUCAUCGAGUAGCCUAGUCGCUCAAGGCCAAAGCUCGAUUACUUGGUUAAACGAACAAUCGCCACAUUCAGUCCUGUAUGUAAGUUUCGGAACAGUAGCAGGAAUAAGCAAGGAACAAUUGUUAGAAGUAGCUUUUGGAAUUGCCAAUAGCCAGCAACCCUUCUUAUGGGUGAUUGGGCCGAGGCUACUAAAUGGAUCAGAGAAAUACGACGAACUUUUCCCACAGUAUCUUCUCGAGAGUCUGAGUAAGAAGGGUUACAUUGUCGAAUGGGCACCACAGCAAGAGGUAUUGGCACAUCCAGCAAUUGGCGGGUUUUGGACUCAUUGUGGGUGGAAUUCAAGUAUCGAGAGUAUUUGUGAAGGAGUACCCAUGAUUUGCCUUCCGUUUUUUGGCGAUCAGAUGAUGAAUGCCAGGUAUAUAACUGAUGUUUUGAAGAUCGGGUUACAGUUGGAGAAAGGAGUGUUGGAAAGAAAUGAAAUAGAGAAGUCGAUUAGUAGAUUAAUGGUGGGAAAGGAAGGUCGAGAUAUAAGAGAAAGGAUAAGCGAUUUGAAAGCGAAAGCUAAGCGUUGCCUAAUGGAAGGCGAGUCUUCAUACGAGUCGUUGGAUCGAUUAAGUAGUUAUAUCUUAUCAUUUUGUGGACAGAAACUGUGAGGAUUUGCAUAGAUUCAGCAAAUAAGGUGUCCUAAAUUUCAACAGAAUCUAUAAUGUAGUACUUUAUCUUUGUUCAAGCAGCUACAAAUAAAUCAAUUUGUUUGUGUUGUUUUCUUCUCAAUUCCAGGCCCUGUUAGAGGCAGAUUAAAAAUUAAUAAUUUGUUAGUAGGCUCUGUGCAAUUUCAAAAUUUUUGAUAAUUUUCUAAGAGCUUUGUAUCUUUAGACACUUAACAUAUAUUACGUAAUUUAAUAUUAAGGAUCCC